AUGGACUUUAUACUUGACGCUUCGCAAUCUACUCAAACUACUGUAAGAUCAAGUAAUUCUACACCGGUUGACCAAACCGAUAAUAACUCAACUAUCGAUGUAACUAGCAAUGACCCUUCUCGGGACGUGUCAAGAAGGACUUCUCUUGCUCUUGAGGGCGAUAUGUCCAAGUUUGAUCAACUUACAUUAUCGGCCGCUGAAGCUUUAAAUUCAACAUUGACAGAUAUGGACAACUUUACUUUUAAACGUAAACAUCCGACUCGAUCAGCUGGUAGUCGAUUAUUUUCUCGAUCUGAUGCACAGAAAAAAAUGUCGAAUUCUGAGAGUGGAUAUGUUUCUACAAGUCUCAAAAAACAUAACGACGAAGAAUUUGAUGGUGAUGUAGAAGAUUGGAUAAUGGAGGGUACUGGUAGAAGAGUUGCAUACGAUGACUUUACGACAAUAGAUUGGAUACAUGAUUUUGCAAAAGAACGCGCGCGACAGAGAAGGUUACACCAGCAAAAAGGCUUACGAGGAAAAUUGAACAUUUUGUUUGACGCAAUGGAAGGAUGGAUAGUCGUCUUGGCUGUUGGUGUUGCGUCUGGAAUCCUAGCUGCAAUUAUUGACAUAACAUCAGAUUGGCUUAGUGAUUUGAAAGAAGGAUAUUGUGAAACUGCGUUCUACCUAAAUAGAAGAUUUUGUUGUCUGGGUUAUGAUGCUGCUUAUUUGGUUAAAUCGUAUUCGCCAUACUCAGCUGGUAGUGGUAUACCAGAAGUAAAAACUAUCCUCGGAGGUUUUGUUAUUCGAAAAUUUUUAGGAUGGUGGACUUUAAUCAUUAAAAGCAUUGGAGUGAGCCUUGUUGUAGCGUCUAGUCUUUGUCUAGGUAAAGAAGGCCCUUUAAUUCAUUUGGCUUGUUGCUGUGGUAAUAUAAUUCCGCGAGUGUUCCCAAAGUUUAGAUAUAAUGAAGCAAAGAAACGCGAGGUGUUAUCAGCAGCUGCCGCAGCCGGUGUUUCAGUGGCAUUUGGUGCACCGAUUGGUGGCGUUUUGUUUAGUUUAGAGGAAGUAUCAUAUUAUUUCCCAUUUAGAACUAUGUGGAGAAGUUUCUUUUGCGCUAUGGUUGCUGCCGUAUCUCUUGCGUUCAUGAAUCCGUUUAGGACAGGAAAGUUGGUACUCUUCCAGGUUGUUUAUGAUAGGGACUGGCAUGCAUUUGAACUUUUAUUUUUUGCCUUAUUGGGUGUUAUUGGAGGAUUAUAUGGUGCAUUAUUUAUAAGAAUGAACCUUAAAAUCGCAGCUUUUCGUCAAAAUUCAUGGCUGCGUUUCUUUAGUGUUUAUGAAGUUGUCAUUGUUUCCGUACUUACUUCAAUAGUGAGUUAUUUAAAUAUAUUCAUGAGAGUUAAUCCAUCCGAGCUGGUUGCUAAUUUAUUUCGUGAGUGCGUUGGAGGAGAUUACCAUAAUCUCUGCAAUCAUGUAAACCAUUGGAAGCCGACAUUGUUGUUAUUAAUUGCUUCUGUAUUAAAAUUUGUUCUUACCGCGAUUACAUUUGGAUUAAAAGUUCCUGCUGGUGUAUGGUUACCAUCUAUGGCAAUAGGUGCAUGCUUUGGAAGAGCCGUAGGAUUAGCAGUACAUGCUUGGCAACUUAAUCACCCCGAUUUUUGGCUUUUCGCUUCAUGUGCACCUGAUGGUCAAUGUAUUACCCCAGGAAUGUAUGCCAUGGUUGGUGCUGCCGCAACUUUUGGAGGAAUUACGCGAAUGACCGUAUCGCUAGUUGUAAUCAUGUUUGAACUAACUGGUGCAUUAACUUACGUACUACCCAUUAUGAUCACAGUCAUGAUUAGCAAGUGGGUUGGUGACGCCUUUGAUAAAGAAGGUAUCUAUGAUGGUUGGAUACGUAUAAAUGAGUAUCCUUUCUUGGAUACUAAAGAGGAGUAUGUAUAUAAUACAUCGGCUUCUCAAGUCAUGACUUGUGUUGAAGAAUUGGUGGUAAUAGACACAACGGGUCAUAAUACACUGGAUAGCUUAAAGCAGCUAUUGCGUGAUACAGAUUAUAAAGGCUUUCCUGUAGUUAAUAACGCAAAGAAUAUGCUACUUAAUGGUUAUAUUUCACGUUCAGAGUUGAAAUAUGCAAUUGAAAAAGCAAGUGGAAAACAAGGAAUUACAUCGUCUAGUUCCUGUUACUUUUCUAGCAACCUUUCUGCUCUUGAUUCAUCACCUUUUAUUGAUUUCCAACCAUGGAUGGAUCAAACACCAAUAACCGUGUCACAUAAAUUUCCAAUGGAAAUGAUAAUUGAGCUAUUUAGGAAGAUGGGGCUACGAUACGUCCUAGUUACAAAGAAUGGGCAACUUUUGGGAUUAAUUACAAAGAAAGAUGUAUUACGACAUCUUUCAGUAAUGCAUCAUCCAAAUUCGUUUGACAAUGAUGAUUUACAGGACCCUCCAAAUCUCAUGAUGUUACCUGAACGAAGGAUGUCAAGUUUUGUUAAUGAUUUUGGAACCGAUUAA